UCUAAAUUUAAAUCUUAUUGUGUUUUUCUAAAAUCAAAAUCCAUUUUAAUAUCUGCAAAUAAUCAACACCAGUCUGGUAGUUUACCAGUGCUCUUGUCUCCAUAAUAUCCUAAUUUUUCUUCUUCUUUCUGAUGGAACCCGAAUUUUCCUUGGAAAUUAUGACCAAAGAACACAUCGUGGCUAAUAUUGGAGUCUUCUGGAACAUGGAUGACAGUCCCAUCCCUGACGGUCUCGAUCCUACUUCUGUUAAGGAGUUCAUCGAAGGGGCUUUUGAAAGUAUGGGCUAUCUUGGUAGACUUAUUAAAGUUAGGGCUUAUUGUGAGGAUAGGUCAAAACUUAUUUCUUACUGUGAUGCUGCCGGAAUCCUUUUACAAAACCGAGUGUCCAAAGUUGGAUAUGCUGAAGUUGACUAUAUGUUGGUGGACAUUCUUACGUGGGGACAGUACAACGAGGCACCCUCAAACUUGAUGGUAAUCUCGAAAAACAUCUCAGAAGGAACGGAGCUAUUUGGUGUACUUGAAGAUUUGAAAUUGUUGAAUUACAAUAUUCUUGUUUCAUCUCUUGGGAAAGACGCAACAGUAGACUUAGUUUGUUUGUCCACAUACCUAUUUGGUGGAGGAAAGCCUGUCGACCAAAGCAUAAGCUCACAUGGUGUCUCCAAAAAGCUGGCAAAUGUGGCUAAAACAGGCGUCUUCUGGAACUUGGACGACUGUGAAAUCCCUGAUGAUAUUGAUAUCUAUCAGAAAGUCAAAUCAGCUCUUGCAAAUCAAGGUUGCCAUGGUCAAAUGUCAAUCUGGGCUUAUUGUGAGGAGGACAAGGAGCCCCUCCCUGGUAUCACCCUUGUAUCCGUAGGCGAUGAAACUGCGAGAUUCAAGAAAAUGCUUAGGGACAUUCUUUUCUGGGCGUUGCAAAAUCCUGUCCCCUAUCCGAGAACAACAGUACCCAGCUUAAUGGUAAUCUCAAACAUCUCAAGGAACAUUGAAUUUGCCCAUGUUCUUCAACGAUUGUCUUCGAGAGAUUACAAUGUGCUCCUUACGGUUCCUGAUGAGAAAGAAUAUAUAUGCUCCGUAUGGCUCUAUCCAAGCCUAAUAGAAAGCCGAACAAAAUUUCCCAUUUGUACAAGAUCGGACAAGAGCUUGCAUGAUAUCAAAACAGGCAUCUUUUGGAACAUUACGGGCUGCACAUUCCCAAAUGAUGAUAUUCAUCUCGAUGAACUAAAUCAGAAUUUCAAAUUAGCUAUUGAAAAUCAGGGCCAUCAUGGUGAAGUGUCAAUCAAAGCUUAUUGGCACGGGAGUAGUGGAUUAUACGAUUGGCUCCACGGAACCAUCACCUUACAAAACAGAGGUAGUUUUAAAAAAAAAAAAAAAAAAAUCUAAAUCACUCACUCGUUUCGUUGCUUUAUAUUUGGCAAUGUCUAUGUAUGUAUGUAACAAGUAUAGAAUCACAAUAAUAAGAAGUCCUUCUCUUAUUCAAUCACAAUAAUCGCAAUCACAAAUCGCAAGUCUCAAAAUCACACAUUAUGCAUCACACAUUGCAUCCAUAUAUAUAGGACUCUAAAUAUCCUAAAACACUUAGUAUUAUCAUAUCUCCUAAUCCUAAAGAU